GGAAAAUUCUAAAAAAUUUCCAGGUCAUAGUGAAUACUCGAAAUAUUGCGAAUAUCGUAUUAAUUUUCGAAUUUGUGGCGUUAAGGUCUCCAAAAUCCAAGUUGAGCGGGAAGGGGGCGUGGGCGGUUGGUGGGUGAUGCCUUCUAUGGGGCUGAAAGCGGGAUGGCAGUUCCCAGGCAGCCUUGGGCACAGUAAGGUUAGGCUCGCGGCCUUGCUUCUGUUGUGAAGGAGUUUCCCCUUCUCAAGUCGACUCUCUGAAAAGAUCGUCCGUUGAUCUCACAGCGAUUUGACCUACGUCUGCAGGUAUGCCACCACCAAAACAUCGAGCCAUGUCCAUCGAGAACGAGUUUGGAGACGGCGAAGCCGGUUUUAGGAAUGAUAGCGAUUCAAUUUACGAAAACGAAGUUCUUUCGACUUAUAGCGAUUCCGAUGCGGAUAAUUCUGUGCGCGGCUCCGAGGCUGGCGCGAAGGGAAUGGUUGUCAACCUGACUGAAGUCGACCUUCGUGCAACACGUCAAAAUCGUCAACAGGGUCCAUCGGAGGGACUACCAGUCCCUUCAACUAUCUCUCGGAAGGACACUUCAGCUGCUGAUUCCAUCGACUUGCAAAUUCUGGCGGAGAAACCAAAUGAAUUGGCCCUAGCUGGACAAGACAACGAACGGGAACACGGCCGUCGCUCUCCCAAACGUCGUCUGGGAAUCCGGCGAUAUAGUAGUCCCGACCCUAUUCCUAUUGCUAUUACAAAUAACCCUCCACCUCCACCUCCUGGAUUCUCUUAUGGGGCAGAUGCUGCCUAACAGCACCCUUCAAAGUUUGCUCAUGCAAAAUUGGAGCAAUCCACGCGUUUCUGAACCUUAUAUUUGGCGAGACAGGCUGCGUGUUACCGGCAGAAGAAAAUCCGAGUCCAGUCUAGAGAAUCAUCGGCAGGGACAGGGCAAUUCUCCCUCGGUAUAUCGUAAUCUUCCACC